AUCGAUAGAAAUAAUAUAUUUGAUAGAAAAUGAGUGCUUCCAAAGAUAAUAGUAUCAAAAAAGUGUACAUUAACCCUAAUUUUACGGCCACUUCCAUAGUCAAUAAAAACAUGCUCUUGAACAAAAACUUCAUGUAUGUAAAUCGUCAAUUUUCGAAUCUAAGAGAAAAUGAAACCAAAAAUAAAAUCUUUGUUAAUCCAAACUUCAUGAGAUCUGCUCCUAGACUUGAAUGUAAUCCGAUAUCUAUUGGAAAUAGCGACGUAAAAAAAAUAUACGAGUAUAAUAUUGAUGAAAAUAUCUCAUUAAAAAAAACAGCAGAUAGACAAGCAACAGUAACAGAUAAUAAAGUAGUUACCUCUCGUUACAGUUUAAUACGCAACAAAAAUAAAAAUAUAAAGGAGAAUUUAAAUUCAAAAACAAAUACAUUUAAAUUGAAUAAGUAUAAAUCUGUCCCUUUUACUGAUAUAAGAAGACGUACCAUGGAUAUUCAAAAUUCUUAUGUAGUUUCAAGUCUACCAAAAUUAUGCAAUAUCCAUUUAAAUAAAAUUGGAUCCGACAAUUUGAACCUAUCCAAAACUAAAUACAACGAAAUUAACAAAAACAUUGGUAGUGUUUCGAAAAAAUUGUGUAACAGAAGAAAAAUCUUCAUUGAAUCUAGUAAAUUAAGAAAAAACAAUAUACCGUGCCCUUUGUUCAAAAAAUUUGGGAAAUGCAUACGACAAAUAAAAGGAAAUUGUAAAUUUUUGCAUGAUAAAAAACAUGUGGCCAUUUGUCGCAAAUUUUUAAAAGGUAUUUGUCAUGAGGAUACUUGUCUAUUAUCUCACGAUAUAACAAGUGAGAAGAUGCCUACAUGUUAUUUUUAUCUUAAGGGAAUGUGCACUAAAGAAAAUUGUCCCUAUUUACAUGUAAAAUUAAAUAAAAACUCUAAACUGUGCUCAGAUUUUCUUAAGGGAUAUUGCGAAAGAGGAACAAAAUGUGAAUAUAGACAUGUAAAUAUUACCAAUCAAACAAAAAAACGAUUGAUGAGGACAAAACAAAUAACAUUGUUAAAAGUAAAAAAUCAACAUACGGAAAAACCAAAUAAGAAUGAAAGUGUUGAAGAAAGUCAAAAUGAAAGAAAUAUGGAUUGCAGAUACUAUCGGGACAUUAAGCCAAACUUCGAAGAUACCAAAGCAGAUUGUGGCGUAAUAAAACCGAUUCGAUGUAAGCUAGGAAAUCUGCCGUCAUUCAUUCAGUUUGAGUGAAACUUACUGUUAAUUUUAUUACGAUGUA